AAUAAUAAACCUAAAUCAAUGGCUAAAUAUAUCGAUAUAGGCCAGAAAUUAACUUUAAACAGCAGUGUCUGAGAGCAAGAUUUGCUAUAUAAACAGCAGCCAUUUGUAAAAUAGAGUGGCUUCCCCCUGAAUCUGGCGCUAAAAGCUUAUAAAAAUAAAACUUAGACAAGAUGGCUGCUAUAGUAAAUGAGCAUGGUUGCAUCUGUUGGAAACAUCGCUAGUCUUCAUUUAUUACGGAAAAGUUUUAAUUCAAUUGUUUAAAAACAGGCUUAAGUCUUCUGUUGCCAUACAUAGAAGGACUUCACUGUAGGAAGUUUGUUUUACUAUGGCAUCCCUACCUGUACAGUUAUUUUUCUGGCCAGGAUCAUUUUUUUCUCAAAAGGCUCAGUUGGCGCUGGAAGAGAAAAAUGUCAGGUACAAGCAAACAGUUAUCUGCCUGCCUGAACACCAACAGACUGAGCCGUGGUACCUGCGACUGAACCCAAAAGGGCAAGUACCCAUGCUGAAGCUGGGCGACAAGUUCGUCACUGAGUCUGAAAAUGUCAUAGACACUGUGGAUAAACUGAAUAAUGCUCCGGUGCUUGUCCCUGACCCCAGCACACCAGAGGGCAAGCUAGUGCAGGAAUGGAGGUCAAAGUUUAACAGCCUCAAUGUGGAAGGUUUGACCUUUGGUGUCUUGUUGCACCCUGAACUUGCUGUAGGUGAAAUCAAGAUGCCAGCUAUGUACAGACAAACUAAGGAAGGAUAUGAAGCGAAAGCCAAAAAAGCAGUUGCAAGGAUGGAAGCACUUCGAGACAAAAACCCAGACCUGAGAGAAGCCUACGAUGACAAAAUCGAGAAAUUUAGAAACAAGCCCUCUAUUAUGCUAGACAAGAACUACAUUGCUAAACUGAUUGAUGACCUUGAACCAUUGUUUGAUGAGCUAGAAGCCCAGUUAAGGAAAAGCAGAACUGAAAACAUCAUCCAGCACUGGUUGUGUGGGCCAAAUUUUACUGCAGCAGAUAUCACCCUCUGUAUCCUUCUUGGCAGGCUUAUCAAUGUUGGUCUCAUUCAGAGGUUUUUGAUUGCUGAGAAGCGUCCAGCCCUAAUCGAAUACUGGAACCAAGCCCAGCAGAGAGGAACCAUUCAGAAGGUUGUGUUGGGCGCCAAGAAAGGCUUGAUGGUGUACCUGGCCAAAAAGGCAAUCACCAAGGUAGCAACAGGUGCUGUGGUGGCAGGGGGAGUGGUGGCACUUGGCAUUUUUCUGGGGCAGAAGUACAAAUCUUAAAUUUCUGAAUGUUGUUUUUUUUUUAUAUCAGUGGCUUGUAUAUUUCUUAGCCAUGGGUUUACAAAUAUUGUAGAGCAAUGAUUUGUGGCGGGGAGUAAAAAAAGUUGUACGAUUUUUAUUUUUUUUUGUACAACCUUUACAAACAUUUUUAAUUGAGUUUUUAUAUGUACAUGUUGUAUACAAACAAUAGAGAAAUUUCUUUCAUGUAAAUUUUAUUGGCAAGUAAUUUUUUUUGUGAUGCAUUUUUUUUAAUUCUUGUACCUUUUUUUACUGAUGUUGGCUUAUUUUAAUAAGCAUUUGGAAGAAUCCUGCAAGCACACCUAUUAUUUCAUAUUAUAUAAAAAGGGAUAUUUUUUUUUACAAGAACUUCCUGCUGUUUUAUUUUUGGCCACAUGUAGAUCUACUACAUUUGACUAUUGCAAUAAAGAUAUGAAAUCCUGUC